CAACCCCCUAAACAACAAUCCUUCACUUCAAAAUGUCCUCAUCAACUCAGUCCAAAAUCGCUAUGGCAAAAACAGUUGUGUCCACCAUCGGAUCCGUAGCUGCGGCUUCGAUGGUUGCGCGCAGCGUGGCUCGCGAAUACCUGCCUGCUGAAUUCCAAGACUACCUCUAUUUCGGCCUCCGCAACUUCAUCAACAAGUUAUCCAGACAGUUGACGAUGGUGAUCUACGAAUUCGACGGGUUUCAAGAAAACGAGAUAUAUAAGGCCACAGAACUCUACCUUGGCUCCAUAAUAUCUCCUGAUAUCCACCGUUUGAAAAUCACCAAAAACUCUAGCGAGAAAAACAUUAAUGUUGCUAUGGAGAUCAAUGAUGAGUUUAUUGAUGUAUACAAUGGUGUCAAGUUCAAGUGGUGUUUGGUUUCUAAGAAGUAUCCAACAAUAGAGUAUCAUAAUUAUGAUGAUAUGAAUGGAGGGUCUACUACCAGAUCGGAUCAACGAUCGUUGGAGCUCACGUUUCAUCGCAAACAUAAAGAUAUGGCGUUGAACGAGUACUUGCCGUUUAUACUUAAUGAUUCUAAAGCAAGGAAGCAAGAGGAGAAGACGGUGAAGAUAUUCACCCUUGAUACGUACCAAAGAUCGGUGUGGACGUCGGUGAAUCUAGACCAUCCGGCGACAUUUGCCACUUUGGCGAUGGAGACGGAUGUGAAGGAGAAGGUGAUGAAGGAUUUGGAUAGGUUUGUUAAGAGGAGAGAGUAUUAUCGGAAAGUCGGGAAGGCGUGGAAGAGAGGGUACUUGUUGUAUGGCCCGCCAGGGACAGGGAAAUCAAGCCUCAUCGCGGCCAUGGCGAAUUACUUGAAAUUUGAUAUAUAUGACUUGGAGUUGACUGAUAUUCGGUCAAAUUGUGACUUGCGGAGGUUGUUGGUGGCAACGGCAAACCGGUCAAUAUUGGUGGUGGAGGACAUUGAUUGCUCGGUGGAGCUACAUGAUAGAGAGGAUGCGGAAGCGCCUAUGCCAUUAGUUCAAGAAAACCACCCAAACUACCCGUAUGGAUCACGUGGUUACCACGUGGAACACGGGGUAACAUUAUCAGGAUUUCUUAACUUUAUUGACGGUUUAUGGUCAAGUUGUGGUGAUGAAAGAAUCAUCAUAUUUACCACAAACCGGAAAGAGAAACUUGACCCUGCACUGCUUCGACCUGGUCGUAUGGACGUUCACAUCCACAUGUCAUAUUGCACUCCGAGUGGGUUCCAAUUGCUAGCGUCAAACUAUCUUGGUAUCACACAACACAAACUUUUUGAAGAAAUCGAGGUUUUGAUUGGUGAGGUGGAGGUUACCCCGGCUGAGGUAGCAGAGCAACUACUCAAGGAUGAUGAUCCAGACAUUGCUCUUGGCGGACUCAUUGAGUUUUUCCAUUUGAAGAGGAAGGAGAAUCAAGAGGCUGAAGAAAAAGCAAAAAAGAAACAACAAGCAUUGGCUUCGAAAGAGAGUGAAAAGAAACAAGAAAUAGAAACCAAUGAUGUUGUUUUGGAACAAUCGUAUGAGAAUAUUGGGUAUUAACUAUUUCGAAACACAAAAUGGUUCAGUUCUAGAAACGCUUAAUUGGUUCACAUCAGUGUAAAGUCCAUCACGUGAGAGAUAAAUCAAGUUAAUCAAGCCGUAUGUUACACUAUGUGAUUUCACCUUUACCGCCUUCAAGGCUUGAGAGCCGGUGUCUUCUAUGUCGCCACCAGCCCACCAAUUCUGCUGUCUCGAGUGUUAUACAAUGAUUGAUGUAUUGUUGAUUGAUAUAAAGUUCAAUGCUUUUUAAAUUGUAACUUCUCGAUUUCAUUUGUGAAUUUUCUAUCAUGAAUCAAAAUGUGAGACUCUUAGUAAUAAAAAAUUUAAGUUGUUUGUGUA